UUGGGACUGAUGCUAUAGUUGGGGCGUAACAUGCUCACUGCAUUGCCGACCCUGGUAGCACGUAUGCAGCUAGCAAGCCUAGUCUCAUACAUAGAACUCAGGUUUGUCUACUCCACACGUAUCAACGAGGUCUCCAGAUACAUGUGUUGCUGAUCGUCUGGGCUGGUCAGGUUUUAUAAGAGCGUGUACGUUUCCUUAGAAAUGGAUCCACCACAAGUCAGGUACACACAGUUGUUCAUCAACAAUGAGUUUGUGAACUCAGUCAGUGGAAAAACCUUCCCAACCAUCAACCCCCAGACAGGAGAAAAGAUAUGUGACAUUCAAGAAGGGGGCAAGGCUGAUGUUGAUUUGGCAGUGAAGGCAGCUCGGGAGGCCGUCAAACUUGGAACGCCAUGGCGCACAAUGGAUGCUCAUGAACGUGGGAAGCUUAUGCAUAAACUGGCUGACUUGUACGAGAGAGAUGCAGAGUACAUUGCUAGUUUGGACACUCUGGACAAUGGUACAUUGUAUAAGACUAUGUUGAGCUGUGUGUAUUCAUCAGUUGAGGUUCUGCGUUACUUUGGUGGCUGGGCAGAUAAGAUCCAUGGAAAAACCAUACCAAUCAAGGGUGACUAUUUCUGUUACACACGUCAUGAGCCAGUUGGGGUGUGUGGAGCCAUCAUUCCAUGGAACUUUCCCAAUGAGAUGUUCACUUGGAAGCUUGGUCCUGCCCUCUGUUGUGGGAACAGCAUGGUUAUCAAGCCAGCUGAGCAGACUCCCCUCAGUGCAUUGUAUCUGGGUUCACUGAUAAAAGAGGCUGGCUUUCCUCCUGGAGUUGUCAACAUUGUUUCAGGCUAUGGCCCAACAGCAGGAGCUGCAAUCUCAGAACACAUGGACAUUGAUAAAGUUGCCUUCACUGGCUCUACUGAGAUUGGAAGGCUGAUCCAACAAGCAUCUGGAAAGAGCAAUCUCAAACGUGUUUCCUUGGAGAUGGGUGGCAAGAGUCCCAACAUCAUCUUUGCAGAUGCAGAUUUGGAUUAUGCUGUUGAGGAAAGCCAUGAGGCCAUCUUCUUCAAUAUGGGGGAAUGCUGCUCGGCUGGAUCACGUACAUUUGUGCAGGAAGACAUUUAUGAUGAGUUUGUGAAGAAGAGUGUUGAGCGAGCUAAACGCCGUGUCAUCGGUAAUCCGUUUGAGGAGAAUACUGAGUCAGGACCACAGAUUGAUCAAGAUCAGUUUGACAAGAUUAUGAGCUACAUUGAGAUUGGUAAAAAAGAGGGAGCUAAAUUGGAGUGUGGGGGCCAACGCCAAGGCGACAAGGGAUAUUUCAUCCAAUCAACUGUCUUCUCUAAUGUGACUAAUGACAUGAGAGUGGCUCAGGAAGAGAUCUUUGGACCAGUUCAGCUACUCAUCAAGUUCAAGACAUUGGAUGAAGUUCUUCAGCAGGCCAAUAAUACUCAGUAUGGUUUGGCUGGAGGGGUCUUCACCAAGGAUAUUGAGAAGGCUCUUACAAUUGCCAACAGUCUUCAAACAGGAUUUGUCACGGUCAAUAACUACUCUGGAGGUGGAGCUAAUGCUCCCUUUGGUGGCUACAAGUCAUCUGGCAUAGGUCGUGAUCUUGGCGAGGAUGCACUGCAAGAAUACUAUCAAGUCAAAACUGUUGUUGUGAAGGUCCCACAAAAGAAUUCUUAGAUCAUCACAUCUUCAACUCCAGUGGUUCAAUGAUGUGCAUGAGAUAUCAGUCCAACUAUUCAUACAUGUACAUGUAUUUGCCGGGCGGGCUGGCUGGCUUUGCCAGCUUAUAUCAGCUGUUGUGUGAAGGCCAUUCAUAUUUCGUGGAUGCUUAGCUAAUAACUGUUUUGGCUUCCAAAAUGUUUGGUUGUAAUAGAUUUUACUAAUUUAUCAACUCUUCUUGAAAAAUCUGGUAUAAAAACAAAUAGAUUCUUAAAAAGUAGCAAAGUUUGUACUCCUGUGUGGGACAUCAACUCAGCAUUGUUAUGACAAAUAUAGGAAUGAGUUGUCUUCAUUCAGUGUCAAAAAACUGAAACAAUUAUCAACUACUUAUGGCUCUAUGUAGAGACUGAUUUUCUUUAGAGGCAAUAAAAUUUGAUGUUUCUACUUUUUAUAAUUUCUUGAAUAAUUUGUGUCAGGGACUUUGUAUGCACAUGCCUUAAUUCACCUGUGCGGUUCAGUGCAGGUCAAACCUUUUACACUUUACUCAUGAAUGAGAACAUAAAGCUGUAAAAGACUAACAUUUCAAAUUGCAGAAGAAGGGAUUUUUUAACAAUGAAAAUAAUUUAUUUUUGUAAAUUUUGCUACAAAUUUCUAUAAAAUUUCUGUUUAUUGAUACUGAGUAUUAAACAUGAAUAAUGUUCUGCUCUUCAAUAUUUUCCUAUAUUGUUGAUGAUAUUCCCACAAGUUUUAUGUGCCACACAUUUGUGUGUUAGGUUAAUAGAGAACUCAUUUGUGUACUUUCUUUCCUCCAACUUUGAUUUUUACCUCAAGGCCUGAAUUAUAUGGGAGCAGGUGAUGGAUCUCUGUCAGUUGAUUUAGUAUGAUUCAAAAUUACUAACUCUUUAUGAGUGAAGGAAAGUGUUUUCCAAACUUACUGUAACCACAUAAAAAUAAUGGCAUCUGAAGUUUUAUUGGUACAAUUUUGCUUCAAAUCUGUACGUGUACAAUAAUUUUCUGGUUUUUCAUUAGCUAGGUAAUAAUGUUCAAGCCGAACAAGCAAAUUUCAUUUUAUUUCAAUGUCGCAAAAUUUCCCUUUGAUUUUAGGUUUUUAACUCAUGAUUUCAACCUUUAUACAUUCGUGUUUGCACGACCUGUGUUUUCUCUUACAUGUGUUAUUGAUGUAUCUGUUAUUUGUCACAUGGGACUCUGAGCAAAUUAUUUUUUGAGAAUUGUUUUGGAGGAAAAUUUGAGCCAUUGAAUAGUUUUAGAUCACUGGCAUUGUGAUUAACUUAUAAAAUGAAAGUUUUUAUUUUGAAUAAGUUUUAAAAUGAUGUAUCAUCGGAAGCUCUUAAUCUGCCAUAAUGACAGCAUUGUAUUGGUCAAAUGAAAACUGUCCACUUAGUGACAGUAUUUAAUAUUAGUAAUUUUCUCUUGACAGUAGUUCGGAUUAAAGUUUUCCCAAUAUUUUGAUGGAGGUUAUUGCCAGCUCUGGUUGGACCAGAUCAUGAAAAAGACCUCUGAUCAGCAACAAUAUGCAAAACUAGUGCAUACUGCAAGUCACGAUCGUUGUCGGAAGUGUUUAAACUCAUUCGGGUAAACGUACAUAGGCAAAUCCUAUCGGCAGUAUGUACAUAUGAUUUGUAUGGUAUCUGUGCCCAACAAGAUGGCGAUAAGUCGUUGAUCCAAAGUCCUUGUGAUUCUUUCGACCUUUAACCAGCAGUAUUAGGCUAAUAAUCUGCUUUUGUGAAAUAUUAUGCAUGUGAUAAAUAAAUAUUGCUUUUAUAAUGGAAA